UCAUCAUUAGUGAAAACCAAACUAAAUGAUGAUGAUGAUGAUGAUGAUGAUGAUGAUGAUAAUGAUUAUGAUAGCAUGGCAACCAAAAUUCAAUCCAAGGUUAUUGUGGUAAAUAAAAAUUAUGUUAAUGAAACAGAUGUGAUUGAUCAUUCAAAUCAAACAAAUACAACAACAAAAGCAACAGGUGUAUUCAACAAUGGCAUUUAUUCAUCAUCAAAAGAAAAUUCGAAACAUCAUGAUGAAUCGGAUCGAUUAUUGAUUGAUUUUGAUCCAAAUCUAAAUAACAAAUUUCCAUCAUCAUCAUCAUCAAUGAUUGCUACUACAACUGCUACUACUACUACUACUCUGAAUAAUUGUCAAAUAAUAGAAUCUGAAAAUGAAAAUGUCAUUUCGAAAAAUUCAGACCACCAAAUAAUGAUGAUGAGUCCAUCGACAUCCACAAUGGCAAUAAUACCGAUGGAAAAUGUUGUUGAUCAAAAUACAGAAAAAAUGAUGAUAAAAAAGAACAAUAUGAAUAAUAAACAAAAACGAAAAAAAUCUAAGGAUUCUAUGAAGAAACAAAAACAGAAUUCAUUCGAAUAUCAAACGAUGGAUGACGAAGAAGUAAGUAACGAUGAUGAUGAUUAUGAUAAUUCAUCUAAUCGAACGUUGAGCGCCAGAAAUGAGAAACAAAUACCACCAUCAUUAUCAAAACAUUGUCAUGAUAUUGAAAUGGAUCGUGAUCAACAAAGAUUUGCACGUCAAGUAAUGAUGAAAUUGGUCAUUGGUCUUAUUAUGUGUACGAUAUUUAUGCUUAUUGAAUUUAUCGGUGGUUAUCUAUCACAUAGUUUGGCAAUAUUUACAGAUGCUGCACAUUUAUUUAGUGAUUUAAUAAGUUUUGCAAUUAGUUUGUUUGCCGUUUAUUUGGCACAAAAACCACCGACUAGAUCCAAAUCAUUUGGAUAUUUACGAUUAGAAGUUAUCGGUGUUUUGUUCAGCGUUUUUCUUAUCUGGUUUCUAACCGGACUUCUUGUUUAUUUUGCCAUACAACGAAUUGUAUCCAAUGAAUUUGAAAUUGAUUCAAUGACAAUGUUAACAGUUUCAUUGAUUGGUUUGGCAAUUAAUCUAGUCAUGUGGUUAGUAUUAUCAUCACAAUCAACUUGUUGUUGUUGUGGAAACCAUGAUGAUGAAAAAGAAAUGGAAGGCCAAGGAUCGAUUAGUCAUCAACACCAACACCAACAUCAACAUCAACAUAAUCAUAAUCAUCAACAUGGUCAUUCACAUGUCAAUAUGAAUGUACGUGCAGCAAUAUUACACAUUAUUGGUGAUCUAAUACAAUCGAUUGGUGUAUUGAUUGCAUCGAUUAUAAUUCAUUUUCGUCCAGAAUGGAAAUUGGCCGAUCCAAUUUGUACAUUAUUGUUUGCAACAUUAGUAUUCGCUACAACAUAUUCAAUAAUGAAAGAUAGUCUUCAUAUAUUGAUGGAAGUUCCGAAAGAAUAUAGUUAUGAACAAGUCAUACAAAUGUUAAGUGAACAAAUACCUGGCGUAAAGAAUGUACAUUCAUUACAUAUCUGGUCUUUAACACAUGGCCGUAAUGCAUUGGCCGUACAUUUGACAGUAGAAGCCGAAACGAUGAAUAAUCACCAUGGUGAUGAUGAUGAUGAUGAUGGUCAUAAUUUAUUUGAAUCGAUACGAAAUCAAGCUGAAACAUUGAUACGUCGUGAAUUACGUAUAUCACAGACAACCAUACAGAUUGAAAAUCAUCAACCAGAAUUUAUUCGUGAUUGUAGCCAUUGUAAUGGGCCAGAAACAUAGCCAAAACAAAAACAAAAACAAACCAACACAAAAUA